GAGGGGCGUCAUCGCAUGGCUCUCUCGUCGCCGCUGAUACUGGACAGAUUCGAACGUGUUGAAACGUUGCAAACGUCGUGAAUCACACGCGUCUCCUUAACACGUUGGUGUCGAAAAAAAUUGCUUAUCUCUCUUUCUUGAUAUGCCGAAAAAUUUCCCUACGCCUCGGACUUGUUUAAGUAACGCGACGUUUUUACGUUCAGUAUGUUUUCGAGAUUUGAUGCGUAUUGAACUACGUUUUUCUGUUUACCAUGUCACUCGUUGAAUGUGUUAAACGUUGGCGAUUGCAGCUGAUUGUGAUCCUUUUCAUCAUCUCUUCGACAUGUGCCGAAGAGUAUCGAAUCCUCACGACGUGGGACAACAGGACGAUCGAUCACCUGGAUCGGCCCGUCGUCAUCCGGCUGGAACGUCAUGACGAGUCAGCCUUUAAAAUUUCUGUCGACGCCCCGUUUUUCAACGAUCCACCCAAUCCUAAUGGCACAGUAGGCGAGCCAUUUUUCACACUGUGGGAUUACGAAGUGGUGGAGGUAUUUUUCCUCAACGACAAGAAUCAAUACGUUGAAAUCGAAUUAUGCCCGUGGGGACAGCACAUCGUUUUGUUGUUGGACGGCCAGCGCAAUACGAUACGACAUAGUUUAUUCAUCGAAUUUACGGCCACUCGCAACAAUACGCAUUGGCAAGGUGUGGCGCUGAUUCCCGUUCAUUUCCUGCCACCGAACGUGGGUAAAAUGAACGCUUAUGCCAUUCACGGCUCUGAUCCAAAACGUGUUUACGAGUCGCUUUAUCCAGUCGCGUUCAACUCGACCGCCGCAGCAGAUUUUCAUAAUCUUGCUGCAUUCAAACCGUUUAACGCGAGCAUUAUCGUAGAGAAUGCCAUCGAUGCAUAUUCUGAAGUUUGGGUCGAUUCAUUCACAGGGAUCCGGAGGUUGGAAAUCAAACACACCUGGAACGGUACGUUGCUCGAUCCGCAAGACGCUGUUGAAUUGCAACUUGAAACUAAAUCUGGUUAUGGGUUGUUCAUCAAAAUUAACGCACCUCGUUACGGCGAUGCUCUGCCUCCAAGUCCUAGUGGAUGGCCUUUUGAUGGUCUUUCUUCUUACGAAGUUGUUCAUCUCUUUUUGCUGGGCGAAAAUGAUACGAAGACGCUUGAACUUCAAUUUGGGCCGAUGGGCCACUACGCUGUCAUCUUUUGGACGAACCGCACAAAGUUGGGUGAUUUGCAGCGUGAGAUAACGUACAAAACGAACGGUUUCAAUUCCAUGUUUUGGGAAGGUGAAGCUUUCAUCCCUCUGGCUUAUCUUCCUGCACGGGUCUACAAAUGCAACGCCCAUUCUGCUCACGGGCCGCAAGGAAAUCAACGUCAAAUCAACAGUUUGUACCCGGCCAAAUCGAAUGAAGUUCGUCCAGACUUUCAAAAUUAUGGUAAUUAUAAAGCCAUUGACAUGACGAUGAUUUACCCGGGCAACGACGACGUCACGUGCUCUGACGUCUGGGCAGACAACGUUGACUGCCGGCCAAAGCCGCCGCCCGCCUCCGCUGCUGGUCAUGCACCCAUUGGCCAUUACGCACUUCUAUUGCUUACAGCAUUUAUUUCAACUUUUAUAAUGGUCGCUUAAAUGCUUCAAAUUGGCAAAAUUGUUUACGGUAUAUUUUAAACGAUUUAAAUGUAAGAUUUAAAAAAAAAAAAUCAAACAAUGAUUUUAGAAGAGCGUUGGUGACACUACACCAAGGCCGUUGGUUCAAAUAAAAUCGUGGCUUAUCA